UCCAGGGAGAGCGGAUAUAGUGAAUGCGGUCCAGGGAGACCAGAUAUAGUGUGCAGGGUCCGGGGAGACCAGAUAUAGUGAAUGCGGGGUCUGGGAGACCAGAUAUAGUGAAUGCAGGGUCUGGGGAGACCAGAUAUAGUGAAUGCAGGGUCCUGGGAGACCGGAUAUAGUGAAUGCGGGGUCCGGGGUGACCGGAUAUAGUGAAUGCAGGCUCCGGCUGAGCGGAUAUAGUGAAUGCGGGUCUAUACUGUGUGCGCUCUGUGCUGUGUGUGCAGGCUAUGCUGUGUGCGCUCUGUGCAGUCUAUGCUGUGUG